AUGAAGGAUAAAUACGGGCCGGAUGCCGGCCACCAGAAGAAGAUAGAUGGCAUGGAUGAAGUGUCUCCCACAGCCGAGCAUUCAGAGAAGCCAAGGCGCUCGAGUAUUUACGACAUCGAGGGCCGACCUGCCAACAAACUCAGCACCGUCUUCAAGAACCCUCUGGAAGGCAUCCCCCGCCAGCAGCUCCUCGAGGACGUGGAUAGAUUCUGUGUCCAGUAUGGCCUGGAGGCUCACAAAGAUCUUUUCCGUAAAGGAGCGCUGAUUUCACAGAAUCCUCAGGAUGCCCACAAUAUCCCAGAGCUGGCCGAGGAUGAGAGAGAGGCUAUUCGGCGCGAGCACACUCAUAAAUGGUCGCAGCCUUGGCAGCUCUACUUCAUGGCGUCCAUGUGCUCGUUGGCUGCCGCGGUUCAAGGUAUGGACGAAACCGUCAACAAUGGCGCACAAGCCAUUUACCUCAAGGAACUCAAUAUUACGGACGAAUAUAUCACUGGCCUCGUCGUCGGCGCUCCCUAUCUGGCCUGUGCAGUCAUCGGCUGUUGGCUCACAGAGCCUAUGAAUAGGUACUUGGCACGGCGCGGUACAAUUUGGGUGUCUUGCUUCAUUGCUGCCGUCGCCUCAGUCUGGGAGGGUGUAUGCAACUCCUGGGUCAACCUGUUUAUCGCUCGCUUCGUUCUUGGUCUCGGCAUCGGUUCGAAAUCGUCUACGGUCCCCGUCUAUGCCGCCGAGUGUGCGCCCGCUCCCAUCCGAGGAGCGCUGGUCAUGAUGUGGCAGAUGUGGACCGCCUUUGGUAUCAUGCUGGGAAACAUCAUGGGUGUUGCGUUCAUGGGCUUGCCGGACAACCUCUCCUGGCGUCUGAUGUUAGGCUCCACAGUGGUGUUGCCUUUGGUCGUUUGUGCACAGGUCUACCUCUGUCCUGAAUCUCCUCGUUGGUUGAUUGAGCACAAUAAGAUCGACAAGGCCUUCCAGGCUUUCCGCAUCCUUCGCCCUACGGAUAUUCAAGCAGCACGCGACUUGUACUAUGCAUAUGUCGGUGUUGAGCUCGAAAGAGAGGUGAACAAGGGAAAGAACUUCUUCACAAUGUUCCUGGAGCUCUUCACCAUCCCCCGUAAUGCUCGUGCAACACUUGCCACCUGGAUCGUCAUGUUUAUGCAACAGUUCUGCGGGGUCAACGUGAUAGCUUAUUUUUCGACUACCAUUUUCACCCAAUCAGGAUAUUCGAUUCAGCAGGCGUUAUUAGCGUCGAUGGGAACAGGUAUCCUGAACUGGGUCUUUGCGCUGCCGGCCUUCUUCACAAUCGACACAUGGGGCCGACGCAACCUCCUGCUCUUUACCUUCCCUUUCCUGGCCAUCUUUCUUUUCUGGGCUGGCAUGUACCUGUUCGAAGUAUUCUACUCGCCCGGUGAAGGACCUGUGCCCUUUACAUAUUCCGCUGAAGCCUUCCCACUGCAUGUGCGUGAAGUCGGCAUGUCCUGGGCGACCGCCACCACAUGGUGUUUUAACUUCAUCCUGUCAUUCACCUGGCCGGCCCUCCUGCGCGCCUUCCAGCCGCAAGGAGCUUUUGGCUGGUACGCUGCGUGGUGUUUGAUUGGAUGGGUUCUUGUCCUACUAUUCGUGCCGGAGACGAAAUCUCUCACCCUAGAGGAAUUGGAUCAGGUGUUUUCAGUGCCGACUCGGAAGCAUGCAAUGUACCAACUCAAGAAUGCGGCAUGGCAUUUCCGCGUCUGGGUUCUGCGGCAAAAGCUCGAGCCCUUGCCUAAACUUUACGAAGGAGCCGAGCAUCUUGCAGAGGCGGAGGAAAAGUAG